UGUAAUUAGACCUUACGAACAGUGAAAGACGAGAGUGUAUCAACUUACAUGAUCUCAGAGGGGAGGCAGCAGGGUUUCUCCAGCCAUGGCAUCACUGGGUAGCAGCAGCUCCUCAUCAACAGAAUAUAUUGUCCGAGUUCCUAAAAACACCAGUAAAAAGUAUAACAUCAUGGCUUUCAAUGCUGGUGACAAGGUGAACUGCUCCACCUGGACCCAGGCACGCAUGGAGCGGGACAUGAGUAACCGACGGAUGUACGGGGAGGAGGAGACGGCAGAGGGGGCAGCAGGUAGUGAAUUUGGGAAGAAACAAAGGGAGGAGGCCCGCAAGAAGAAAUUUGGCAUCGUCACAAGGGAGUUCAAGCUGGAGGACCAGCCCUGGAUCCUCAAAGUCAACGGCAAAGCUGGACGGAGGUUUAAAGGCCAGAAGAAAGGAGGAGUGACAGAAAACGCCUCGUACUACAUUUUCACCCAGUGUCCCGACGGAGCCUUCGAGGCCUUCCCAGUGCACGGCUGGUACAACUUCACACCACAGGCCAAACACCGCACUCUCACAGCAGAGGAAGCGGAGGAGGAGUGGGGCAGGAGGAACAAAGUGGUGAACCACUUCAGCAUUAUGCUCCAGAGACGACUGCGGGACCAGGAGCGUGGAGAGGAAGAUGAGGAGGAGGGCGAGAAAGGAGGGAAGAAAAAGAAGAAAGGAGGCCGUGGCGGAGACUUACGCAUUCACGACCUUGAGGAUGAAGAGGAGAUGAGCAGUGAGGACAGUGACAGCAGCGUAGGAGAGGAUGGAGAGAGAAAGUCAAAAGCAAAGAAAGACAGCAGUGCCAAAGGUAAGGGCAAAAAGAAGAAGAGGAAAAAGUCGAGUGAUGCAGAAGGUCGAGAGGACAGUGAUGACGGAGACUUUGAGGGACUGGAGGUGGAUUACAUGUCAGAUGAGAGCAGCUCAGAGGAGGAGGAGCCUGAGAAGGCCAAACCUGCGAAAGAAGAGGAGCUUCCAAAAGGAAUCGAUGAAGAAUCGGAGAGUGAGGAGGAGAGUGAGGAGGAGAUAAAGAAUGAGGAAGAAGGGAAAGAGGAUGAGGAGGAAGAGGAUGGAAAGAAGACUCCUGUGCAAAUGGACAAGAAGAAAAAGAAGGACAGCAGUGGAGAGUCUGACAGCUCAGAGGACAGCGACAUAGAGGGAGAAGCAGCUUCACCCCUUUUCAUGAUGAAGAAACGCACUCCGCCCAAACGGGCAGGGGGUCGAGGAUCCGGGAACAGUUCAAGAGCAGGCAGCCGACCUGGGACGCCAUCCAUCGACAACGCCAGCACGUCCAACACGCUCCGCGCCGCUGCUAACAAACUCGAACAAGGCAAACGUCAGACACCGGUGUCCAGCUCAGACACCCCAGCGCCAAAGAGGCUGAAGAUGGACCCCAGCACUCAGAACUCAUCCGGAAAGAGUACACCCCAGCCUUCAUCAGGCAAAUCCACCCCCAGCUCCAGUGAUGUGCAGCUGACUGAAGAAGCAGUGCGCAGAUAUCUGAUCCGAAAGCCCAUGACCACAAAAGACCUGCUGAAGAAGUUCCAGACCAAACGUACGGGUCUGAGCAGCGAGCAGACGGUCAAUGUCCUCGCCCAGAUCCUCAAACGACUCAACCCGGAGAGGAAGAACAUAAAUGACAAGAUGCACUUUUAUCUCACUGAGUGAACCAAGCCAGAAAGAGUGAGAACCAGGGAGGAAGAGAAAGGCGGUGCAGAGGAAAAGAGAAGAAAUGUAGUGUGUGAAAAGUGGAAAGGAAGAAUAAGAUGUUUUGAUGUCGUUUGCCAUGUUAGAGACUAAUGUUGGGUUCCCAUUGCCUGUGUUCAGUAUUGAGAGCAUAAACACUGAGUGAGGAAAGGCUCACACAAGCCCUGAACUCAGAGUUUUAACAAAUAAUGAAAGUACCAGUUUUAUUGGUCCAGGGGAACAUUUGAUAAAACUUCUUGUGUUUUUAUUGUGUUUGUGUUGCUUUUGAUUUUGAAUAAAUUGUUCA